AAAGCUACCUUCCCCGCAGCCCGCCGGUCCUCACUCCCACCCCUUCCGUAUUUUGGUCGCUCACGGUUUCCGUCAGUCGCAGCGGCCAUUGGCUGUUAGAGGGAUUUGAGAGCGGCGAUUGGCUCUCUCUGGCCGUCGCUCAAGCGCCCUUCCGGAGAUGGUCCGAGGUGGGAAGAGCUGGAGAGAGCCGGCAGUGGAGGGACGGGUGAAGGCCAUGCCGCCCCCGGCGAAAGUUCCCCGGAAGGAGAACCUGGGGCUCCAGUGCGAGUGGGGGUCCUGCUCCUUUGUGUGCUCAGCCAUGGAGGAGUUCUGCGAGCAUGUCACUCAGCACCUGCAGCAGCACCUGCACAGCUCCGGGGAGGAGGAAGAGGAGGAGGAGGACCCACUUGAGGAGGAAUUCUCCUGCUUGUGGCAGGAGUGUGGCUUUUGUUCUAUGGACAAUUCGGCUGACCUCAUUCGCCACGUUUACUUCCACUGCUACCACACCAAGCUGAAGCAGUGGGGGCUGCAAGCCCUGCAGAGCCAGGCCAACCUCAGCCCCUGCAUCCUGGACUUCCAGAGCCGCAACAUCAUCCCCGACAUCCCUGACCACUUCCUGUGUCUGUGGGAGCACUGUGAGAGUUCCUUCGACAAUCCCGAGUGGUUCUAUCGGCACGUGGAAGCGCACAGCCUAUGCUGUGAAUACCAGGCGAUCGGCAAGGACAACCAUGUGGUGCUGUGUGGCUGGAAAGGCUGUACCUGCACCUUCAAGGACUGCCGGAAGCUUCGAGAGCACCUCCGAAGCCAUACCCAGGAGAAGGUGGUGGCCUGUCCCACCUGUGGGGGCAUGUUUGCCAACAACACCAAGUUCUUAGAUCACAUCCGUCGCCAGACCUCUUUGGAUCAGCAGCGCUUCCAGUGCUCUCACUGCUCCAAGAGAUUUGCCACGGAGCGGCUCUUGCGGGACCAUAUGCGUAACCACGUGAAUCACUAUAAGUGCCCUCUGUGUGAUAUGACCUGUCCGCUGCCAUCCUCCCUCCGAAACCACAUGCGCUUUCGCCACAGCGAGGACCGGCCCUUCAAGUGUGACUGUUGUGACUACAGCUGCAAGAAUCUGAUUGACCUGCGGAAGCACCUGGAUACCCACAGCAAGGAGCCAGCCUACAGGUGUGAUUUUGAGAACUGCAGCUUCAGUGCGCGAUCCCUCUGCUCCAUCAAGUCCCAUUACCGAAAAGUGCAUGAAGGAGACUCAGAGCCAAGGUACAAGUGUCAUGUGUGUGACAAAUGCUUCACGAGGGGCAACAACCUCACUGUGCAUCUUCGUGAGAAGCACCAGUUCAAGUGGCCCUCAGGGCACCCCCGUUUUCGGUACAAGGAGCAUGAAGACGGCUACAUGCGGCUGCAGCUUGUUCGCUACGAGAGUGUGGAGCUGACACAGCAGCUGCUCCGGCAGCCGCAAGAGGGAUCGGGCCUGGGAGCGUCGCUGAAUGAGACCAGCCUGCAGGGCAUCAUUCUUGAAGCAGUGCCGGGGGAGCCAGGACCCCAGGAGGAGGCUGAAGAGGAGGGGGAGGGCGGGAGCAGCCAGGGGACAGGCCUCCCAGCCUCUCAGGACACUCCCAGCCCUGUCAUCCAUGUGGUGAAUCAGACCAACGCCCAAGGCGAGCAAGAGAUUGUCUACUAUGUGCUGUCGGAAGCCCCGGGAGAGCCCCCGCCAGCCCCUGAGCCCCUCUCAGGGGACAUCAUGGAAAAGCUUCAGGGAAUAGCGGAGGAGCCAGAGGGGAUGGUGUGAAGGCUGCGGAGCCUGACGGUUUCCACCCCAGGCCCCGGGGUUUGCGCCGGCUGCUGGCUGUACCCCGAGCGGGCAGCCCCUGCCGAUGGAGGCCUUUAAGAGUGGUGCCAAGAGCAGUGCGGUGCACUCUGGACCUGGCCUGCGUCAUGCAGCAGACUCUGAAGACUUCCCUUUUCUGCAGGACCACAUUUGGUGGGGGAUCCUGAGGAGUCUGGAUUCCUUGAGGGGGAUGCCCUGGUCCUAUGUGUUCCUGUAGAGGGGCUAGUAUCAGGCUUACCCGUAACCCCCUAGUCAUGCUGAGAUGGUGGCCAAAAUCCUGUCACCUCGUACCCAGUCCCGUCUUCAAGGGUCCUUUGGUCCAGCGAUGCCGUGUAACUGGUCCUUGCGAGGGCCUUUUCCUCACAACCAGCCAAGGCAGCCUGAACCCGGCAGUCCUUUCCCUCCAAAGGGCUCCUACAACUGCAAGGACCUCCCCGGUUAUCCUCAGGGAUAGGAGUGAAGGUCCUGAGUGUGUGUGUAACAGUUGCUUCGGUAAUAAAAGAAACACUUGGGCUGUUCUCA